ACAAGCUCGUUGUAAACGUAUUUUGUAAAUAUUCUAUAGUUUGUUAAAAAAACAUAUAAAAUAAAAAUAAAAUUAUGCCUAACUUGAGAAGGUUCCAGGGAGGCACCUCCAUGUAAGAAAAUCACACACACAUGGUCACAGUCACGCAUACACACACACAAAUAUCUCUUUUUAUUUUUCUUCCUUCUUUAAUUUCUUUGUUUUCUCUCUCUCUCUCUUCUCUCCUCUCUUCUCUCUCUCUCAAAGCCCAAGGUCAACAACAAGAGGAACUUCUUUGCACUCUUUGAAACGUCCAUGGGGUAUCUGAGUCUUGUUGGUCAAAGAAGCAUGCACCGACCGUCAUUGUAUUGAGAGCUACGCUUCUAGCUUCUGCUUCUUCUGAGCCUGCUGCCUGCUACUUUCCUCUCUUCUUCUUCUUCUUCAUCAUCAUCUCACAGUCACAGAAUUUCCCAUCAGCAAUCUCAGCCCUAGAAAAAAGAAAGCAAAAAACCCACAAUAAUAACAACAAAAAAGAAAGAGGAAAGUUGGAAAAGAAAGUGUUGCUUCAGAGUUUAGGCCAAAACCCACCUGCUUUUUUUUUUUUCUCUUCUUCUAUCUCUUUUUCUUCUUCCUUAGAUCUUCAAGAUCUAGGAAUCGAGGUAAAAAACAAGAGGUGAGGGUUUGAUUUUCGACUUUUUUUUCUUUUAUCAUGAAUUUCGGGUCAGCUGCCCGAGAUGGGGGUUUUUCUACUGAAGAUGAAAACAUCAUGGUGACAGGUAAGCUUCCUUUCUCCUAUGCCUCCUCUCCAUCUUCUUCUACUUCUUCUGCUCAGUACAACAAAACCACCAGCAUAGCCACUCUUGUCCCUUCUGCUCACUACAACCGUGCCGGCUACGACGACGGCCCCGACACAAAGCUCGAGCUCAUGGACUCGUCGCCGAGAGAUAGAGAUAAUAAUGAAGAAGACGAUGGCAGUCGAAGAGAAGAAAACCCAAUCGCCAUAGAAAGGGAGCACAUGUUCGACAAAGUUGUGACGCCAAGCGAUGUGGGGAAGCUCAAUCGCCUCGUCAUCCCAAAGCAGCACGCAGAGAAGUACUUUCCUUUGGAUUCUUCCACCAACGAGAAGGGGCUUCUGCUCAAUUUCGAGGACCGGAAUGGGAAGCCGUGGAGGUUUCGAUACUCCUACUGGAACAGCAGCCAGAGCUAUGUGAUGACCAAGGGCUGGAGCAGAUUCGUCAAGGAGAAGAAGCUCGACGCCGGAGACAUCGUCUCCUUCCAGCGAGGCCUUGGGGAGUUGGGGAAAGACCGGCUUUUUAUUGACUGGCGGCGCCGCCCAGAUGCGCCUGAUCCCAUCCACCAUAACCACCACCAUCCCCACCAGCUUCAUCCUCAUCAUCAUCAUUACCAGCCCAAUUUCGCAAUCGCUCAUCAUCAGCAGCAGCAGCAGCAGCAUUUCUCCUGGAACCACCACCAACGCUCGGUUCCAUGGAGCCCGCUAUUGAUGAGGCCACCACCCGGGGGAGGACUCGUACCCCGGGACCACUUGCAACACUUGUCCCAGCAGAUUAAUUACAGCAUGAAUAUGCAUCACCCGUAUCGAAAUACAGGGACAAGUAGCACUGCUGGUGGUGGUAGUGGUGGAAGUUCUUAUGGUUACGGAAAUGUGGUUAGCUCUUCUGGACCAAUUUAUUAUCUGAGAUCGGCCUCAUCCACUGCCCCACAUGAAUACGAGGGCAGCGGAUUAGGAUUACAACAACAACUGCAGCAGCAGCAGCAACAGCAACAACAACAACAAGUACAGCUCCUGGGUCGGGUUCAUGAGCCGAAUAUGGUUUUGGAGUCGGUGCCUGUGGUCCACGGGAAGGCAGCAGCCAAGAGACUGAGGCUAUUCGGGGUGAACAUGGAUUGCCCCAUAUCGGAGUCGGAUCAUGAAUGUGACAUAUUGUCGUCGUCUUCAUCUCAAUAUCAUCAUGCUACAAUGGCAUCUCCCUCUCACCAACUUUCGCCUUCCUCACAACCCCCACUCCAAUUAAGGCUCUUUGAUGGCACGCCUCUGCACUCAACUACAACAACAACAACUUCUGCUAGUACCACCACCGACUUUCUCAGCAUCAGAGGCAAGCACCAGGCUUCUUCUCCAUUCUCCAUGUCCUUGGAUUUUGACGUCUGACAACUCCAACAACAGCAUCUCACAAUGCCAAUAAAGACACAAGGGCAAAUUCAGAAGAGUUUCGGAGUUGAAAUUCUUCGGUUUCGUUUGGUGAAAAAAAAUCUUCGGUACAGAAAAGGGGUACAAGGUUUGGGGUUUUUUUUUUCUUUCCUUCUUCUUUUUCUUUGAAGAGAAUGAAUGAAUGAAUUCUAAGUGAGGAGAAAUAUGCCAACUAUUAAUAUUAUCCAACUCAUGUCUUUGUCUUUAAUAGUUUUUUUUUUUAAAUUUUCAUGUGUAUAAAUAUUUUAAUUUUUAUUUAAUAUAACAAUUUAUAUAGACACAGAUGAUGAUCAUAUAUAGUCAGCGCAGGUAUAUUCUAUGAAGACAUAGAUCCAUCAUUGCCCCAAGAUAUAAUAUUUCAUGCUUAUUUCUUUUUAUAGCCUCUCUCUCUCUCUCUCUCUCUCUCUCUCUCUCUCUCUGGAGUUUAGCUUCAACUCUCCCCCUUUCCCCAAUGAAUUUGUAUCACCAAGCCACCAUGCCUGCCUCUUCUUCUCACUUUUGAUAUAUGAAGUAAUUUGUUUCCAAUUUAUCCUUCUUUUUCUUUUGGUAUGAAUAUUCUCUUUGGCCACCGACUUAUCUCUCUAUUCUGACUCUUCUGACUCUCUCUCUCUCUCUCUCUCUCUCUCUCCCCAUCUCUCUAUCUAUCUAUCUAUCUAUCUAUCUCCCCAAUGUUGUUGUUGGUUGGUUGGUUCAAGUAAGUAAGUAAAUGGAGACAACCUUUCCUGACUGCUCAGCAAACUGAUUAUGAUCAGUAGUGCUGCUAGCUAUAAGCUACCUGAUGUAAUUGCAGUUUUGUAUUUUACCUUUGGUAGGUUGUUGUUCUUGUCGCUGCGUCGUUGGGCACACCACCGCAGGUUUUUCAGACAGACUUGCAGAGAUUAAAAGCAAAGGUCCUUCAUAUAUACAGAGUUGUGGAUAUUCUUUGCAAGUAUAGAAAGCUGGUAAUAUUCUUCGGUAAUUAAUGCUUUCAGGUGUUAAUGGCCGUUUUUCAUGGUUUUGGCAUGAGUUUUUUUCUCCAUAGAAAUUCCCAAUUGAAUGUUGAGUCACCUGUUCACAAGUCUUUGGAUUUGAAUGAAGAGUAGAAAAAUUCUCCUCUUCAUUUCUGGUUUGGAAUUUGAGGAAGGUUGCUGAACUUUUAAGUCAAUGGUGCAAAACUAACUCUACGAUAUUCCUAUCAAAGAAAAAAAAAAAACCCUAUAAUUCUAUUUCGUUUUGCGGAUUUUUCUUAGCUAC